ACUCUCUUGCACUUUUUUUUUUUUUUUUGGCUGCGAUGCUAGCUCAGUUAGCUACCCGUUCGCCUUGUUUGGUAUGGAUAUUGAGGCAGCUUUUCAAAUCGUUGGUGAGUUUGGACCAUAUCAGAAGCGAGCGGUGACUGUGCUUGUUCUGUCGCAGGUGUAUAUGGCCUGUCAGUCCAUGCUGAUUGUGCUGGUUGGAUACACACCGGCAUAUCGGAUCGAGCAGCAGAACGGAGUACCGUCCAAUCAGCAGGAGCUGCAGCAACAUGUUACCUUCACAGAAAACGCUGAAUCUAUAGUGACAGAGUGGUUUCUCAUCAAGCAGCAGGCCUACAAGGUCAGUCUCGCAGGAUCACUCUUCUUCACUGGGCUCCUGGUCGGGAAUGUUGUUUUUGGGCCUCUCUCAGACAAGAUUGGUAGAAGACCUGUGUACCUGACAGGUUUGUUUUUUGAGGUGCUCUUUGGUUACGUGACGGCCUUUGCACCCAGCUACGAGGUUUUUGCUGCGUCUCGUCUUCUGGUGGGGCUGAUGAACGGCGGCAUCGGCCUCGUCUGCUUUGUCCUCACUCAGGAGUACGUGGGAAAGUCCUACUGGGCCAUGACAGGAACGUUGACCAGCAUCAUUUUUGCCGUCGGCAUCGUGGUGUUCGGAGCUCUGGGAUACUUCAUCAGACCUUGGAGGACUCUGGCCACAGUGGCCAACUCUUCAGGUGUCCUGAUCUUCCUGCUGUCUAUAACACUUCCAGAAUCACCACGGUGGCUGUAUUCUCAGGGUCGAACGGAGCGAGCCGAAGAGGUUUUGCGCUAUGUUGCACUGAGGAACGGCAACAACGCCAACAACCUGAUACUGCACCGCGUUGGUGCCACCAAACCUGGUAACCAUAGCACCAGGCAGACUGGUGUUCUGCAGCUGGCGAUGCACCCAGUCCUCCGCCUGAGGACGAUGGUGCUCAUGUACGUCUGGUAUGCAUGCAGUCUGGUGUAUUAUGGUCUGACUCUGGGGGCCAGUGAGACAUCCGGUAGCCGUUUUGUUAAUGUUGCCAUGUAUGGCCUGGUGGAGCUGCCUGCCUACCCUCUCUGCAUUUACUUCAUCAAUAAAAACUGGGCUGGGAGGAGAAAAAGCAUGGCCUGUUUUCUGUGUCUCGCCGGCUCCGCCUGCCUCUGCACCAUGUUCAUCCCUGAAGACACAGGAACUUUGCUGAGCAUCACAUCUUUUGCUCUCGUGGGGAAAUUAAUGGUCAGCGCGGCGUUUAACAUCGCCUACGUUUACACGUCUGAACUCUACCCGACUGUGAUCAGAAACGCCGGGCUGGGAGUCUGCUCCAUGUCAUGCAGAGUUGGAGGAAUCCUGGCACCAUUUGUUCCUUCCAUGCGAGCUCUCCACACCUCCAUGCCCUUCACCGUGUUCUGUCUAAGCGGCCUGUCUGCAGGUUGUUUGGGUCUCCUGCUGCCUGAAACCCUCAACAGACCUGCAGCAGAAACUCUGGAGGACCUGAGCAGCCCGAUCCACAGUCGUGUUCUGGAGGGCAAGGCUUUGCUGUACGAAGAUGACAAACGGAAAUCAAACUACCAGUGAAGCCUCCUGCCUCAUCCUAAUCUUUAAUCCUGUGGGACCAGCUUCUUCAGAUCAGUCUAAUGAACUGGGAGGACUGAUGCUCACCAGGUUUCUACUGAUGUCUGUGACAUGAUGUUCUGCCUCCAUGACGAGGCUGCACAAUCCAUCAUCUCUGCAUUUAUUUCCUGAGUUUUAUUGCAUCGUUGGUGCCUUUUUCUGGAGGUUAACAGGACCAAAGUGUCUCAGUGAUGCAGAAAAGUGACUGAAAAAAAGUAUUUGUCUUUAAAAGUAUAUAUUUUAUUCAAGUCAAAAUCCCACAUUCUAACUAAAACCUGAACAGUUGAGGAAUCUGUUCUUUUUAAAACUUUUGAUGACUUCAUUAAGUCUGGAGUUAAAGUUGACUGAAAAUAAACACAAAUAAGAGCCAGUUCUGAUUUCAUGUGAAACUUUGGCAGCUGGUUCCAGAGUUUGUUUUAGAAACAAAAAGACAAAAGGGAAACAGGACGGAUGAGUUCUGCUGUUUUCACUUUAAGUGACUCUGAGCUGCUCCCGUGUCAAAGAAAUAUCUGUGGCUUUCUUUUUCAGCAGCUAAGUGGAUCUUCUUCUGUGCACUCACAGAUGAUGGGAAAAUAUUCUCCCACAGAGUCUGAGAUGAACCCUGUUUGAGAUUUUACAAGUAUUUGUGCUUCAUCCUCACAGAUUUCUGACUGAAUCUUCUUGUUUUUAUAUCAAAAUGCUUGAAAUAUAAAAACGCUGCUUUGAUCUUCAUACGAGGCCUCCUGGACACCUCACAGAGUCAGUGCCAAACUUGUGCAUCCACAGUCAAAGACAGUUUUAGUAGGCAGUCCCUGCCACAGUUUCCAUACGCAAAUCUUUUCAGUGACAUCUGUUAAAGAUCUUCAGUUUGUGUUUUUCACAGUGCUAAAGUCUCUGUAGUGCUUCAUCAGGAGAAAAAUCUCUGGGUCUAACUAUUUUAACAUUUUAAAACCUUGUCUAUGUUUUAUGGAAAUGUUUCUUUUCAGCUCAUCUUCACAAGUGUUUUUUUUUCAACUUAGAAGCUUCAAACUGUGAGGUUCAACACUGAUGGUUAUUGAAUGUAUAAAUAUGUACCAAAUGCCAGUCAUUUCAUUCAUGUAUCAUUUUUUUUACAAAGAAGUAGAAACUGUUACCA